UAGGAUCAGGAUUUUGGGUUUGGGUGACGCGUUUUAAUCACGUGCCCUUAUUUGAGAGCGCCUGGCGUACAUUUCUUUCCCUUCUCGCCACUCCAGCAGCGCCCGUGUCAGCCGGGCACAUAACCAGUGUGCCAUAAAGCAGUAGAUGAUCCUUAUCGCGGUGACCCGACGGGUUCACGUUAGUUCACAGGGUUCAUCUGAGGAGAGGUCUCGGCCCCUCCUGUUCCCCAGAGACCCGGAGCGGAGCGAAACCUAAAUGUUAUUCAUUUCUGUAUUAAUAACGGAUUUCCUUUCGCAGUCACCAGAGCCGACGAAAAGGUUCACAGGGAGUCGUUAUUUCACUCCCUUUUACAAUGGGAAGUCCUGAUAGCUGAAAAUUUCACCAAUUUCUGGUUCAUCACGGCUGUCUGAUGACACCUCAACUCCAUACAAUUCCAGUAUUCGUUUCUAACUCUACAUUCAUCUCUACAAUCCUACACUAUGGCCAGCAAGAGGAAAUCCACCGUUCCUUGUAUGAUUCCAUCAAAAAGCAAGCACAUGCGGGAGGACAUCAUACUAGGAUGCUUACCUGAGCUCCUGCCCACAAUACCCGAAGACAGCAUCCUCAGUAUCUCUUCAAAAGAUGAGGAAACAAAACGAUUCCAUGAUUUUUCGAAAGCCGAACCGAAGACUUCAUGCUGGGAAAGGGGAACAUACAGCUGCCCUCUGUGCUGCUUUGAGUCCAGAGACUUGAACCUGUUUCUUCACCAUAUGGACAACUGUCACAUGGACUUUCAUGCUCAACCAAAAUUCUACUGCCUGUCUUGCAAGGUCUCAGCUGUGAAGUUUGAAGGUCUCGCUUUACAUAACGCAAAAUCACAUCCUGAACUCCAUUCAGGGCACAAGAGAGUAUGCUUGCAAGUUACCAAACAAGAUGGGGCUAUCAUAGUGGAGCAAACCCUGUUUACAGAAGAGGAUUUAAGUGAAUCCGGAAUAUCCAUUACCAAGACACCCAUAAUGAAAAUGACCAAAGGGGGGCACAAAAAAAUUGUUGUCUCCCAUACUGUUGAGGUACAACGGGCUGAGCCUAGCAGCGACAAGCCUGCAACUGUAACCAAUGGCACUUCAGUAAGGACCUUACCCCUAACAACAUCAUCACAUAUCAUUGGUGGCAUAAGUACCGCUCCGGUCCAUAAAAUCCCCAACGCACUUGGUAUACCAGGGAUGCAUAACCGUGGUCCUCUGUGGAACUCUAAUCUGUCAUCGGCUGAUUCAAAUUCUGAUCUCCCAAAGGUCAUGAUCCCUCUAAGUAGCAUCCCCACCUAUGAUCCAGCCAUGGAUUUAAGCAGUUUUCUUAAGACAUCUUUUGGUAAGUUCCCUUACCCUACCAAAGCAGAGCUCUGUUACUUGACGGUGGUCUCUGGCUUCCCAGAGGAGCAGAUCAAGCUCUGGUUCACGGCCCAAAGGCUGAAGCAAGGGAUCAGCUGGUCUCCUGAGGAGAUUGAGGACACACGUAGAAAGAUGUUCAACACUGUAUUCCAAGCCACACCAAAAACAUCACGGAAUCAGUCGCAUCACCCCAUUUCCCAACACUGUGUUUCUGUCCAGUCCGCCUCUUUGAUUUCUAAUUCUACACAACAGAUACCAAAGGGAAGUGUAAUGGGUUGGAAAGGAGGGGUCAUAGUAAGCCAGCCUAGUGUGACCCAGGCCACAUCCCUUAAGCAGCAGCAGCAGGCAGUGGUCCAGAUGCCACAGGUAAAUAUCCAUCAUGCUGUCCUCACUAAGGAAACUGGAAAAGAAUUAUCUUGUCAGACAACUGAGAACUGCAACAUUGCAGCCAGAGGAGGUAGCGUAAGCAAUCAUGGCCACACUGGAAAAGGCUGCAGCUCGUCCAUCAAGACUAGCGUCAGCUGCUUGCCUGGUGUUCCCAAGAGUCAAAACAGCAGUUACAUUGAGGGCAGCAUUAUGACUCUGACGAACAUAGUCAGGAAAAUUGACUGUCAUGUCAAUGACAGGAACGCAAAUUGCACCAGCAAAUCUUACAUCAGUCCAACUUCCAUUUAUGGGCAACAGAAAGCAUCCAGUAAUGCAAAAGAAAACAACAACAGCAGCUUUGCCACCACCAGCAAGUAUAACAACGGAAGCACUUAUAAAAUCACCAGCCACAGUACUAUUUGCACUAAACAGGAGGGAAACAUCUUAGACCACACCAGCAAAAGCAACACUGACACUAGUGUCAUUUGUAGCAGCAGCAACAUACAAACUGAAGAGUUUAUACCACCCCUUACCCAUAGCCUGGUCCCACAGCCUGGAAGUCUCAUGGAUCCAUCCCUUGGAAAGGGCAAGGUAUUACCUGAGCAACCAGUGACUUUGAAGCAAAGCUUUAUCCGUAACUCAUUCCCAGAACAAAAGCCGUUUCUUGCACCCCAAGGUCAAUCAUACCACAUACGUACUUUGAUAGACUCCCAGUCUGCUGUGGGGGCAUCGUUUAGUAACUUGCCCCAGAGCUCCCUUCAAUCUAACCCUGCAGCAAUUUCAUGUCUUCAGGAGGAAACGAGUCAACACUCCUCUUCAUCCCUUUCUGCUUCUCAAGAGCAAAAUUCUCCAAAAAUCCUGCUGGGAGCACCUCAGGUCCAGUCCCUAGACUCUACUGCCGUCCACUACAAGGAACAUGACCCCAAGCACUUACUUGCCUUAGACAAAGACUCUAAGCAAUCAAAUUUUGAUAAAGAAAGGUUGCACAGAAACAUAAUGCAAAAAGAAAACAAAGGAAGCAUUUCUGAACACAACAGCGGAAUUACAAAUACAUUUUACAAGGCUGACAGGAACGAGCAUAGCAACCUAAUUAACACACUAGAUACUUUCACAAACAAUAACACUAACAAGGCUAAACAAGGCAUGCAACUUUUACAACAAUAUAUACAGAAAGUGGACCAAUGGGAAAGCAACAGUGACUAUCAUGAAGAGUCGAACGUGAGCCCUAUGAAAAUAAACGUAAUAGCAUUGCACAAAGAAGAGAGUUUGUCCAAGACCAACAGCAAGCAGCAAAUCAGCAAGUCAUUGGAGAACUUGAUCAAUGAUGGUGGUCCUAGCCAUAAAAACGAAUCUUCAGAAUGGCACGAAAGCUACCGAAAUGAACCGGUGGAGGCUGAGGAGCGUAUAUCUGAUAUAGGUAACACUGAAUCACAUCAACCAGAUAUCCUUGUGGGGCUUGAAAGAGAAGAAAUAAAACGUGACCUACACCCGGAGCGGAAAAGUGUUUUUCAGAGUCUAGACUCUGAAACUCCUAUGCUGCCGAUAAAGAAAAAAUCAAAAGAGGCUACCAUGGAUUUAGACAAAUCAACUACAGGAGAACAAGACUACUGGGAGAUAAAAGAUGAGGAGCAUCAGCAACCAAUGGGCAACCAGAGUUUGAGGGGGCAUCAAGCGCAAGACAGUCAAUCAAGAGACACAUUGUAGUUUUUCUAGCAACUGACUUGUUGAGACUGACUGAGUCUUCAACUGCUGUCUACUACUCUUGGACUGUCACAUCACAUAACAGUGUUUAAGGUAAUCAAAGUAGUGCAAAUUUUAAAAUUAGUUUAAUUGGGAAACGUAAAUUUAAUUAUGUGCAUAUUAACAACAUUUGGCUUUUGAUCAACUUAUUUUUAAUACAGUAUUUUGAAUUAGUCACUGGCACACGCACAUGAUUAUGUGCUUUAUUUAAAAGGCUAUUUUUGGAAUAAGUGAAGGCAGAGCUAAUGAAUUAUAGAUUUACUCAAAGUGUGUCUUAACGUGAAUAAAUGAUGAAAAUUGUGUGUAGCAAAGUGCUAGACUCUCGGAUCUCUUGUGGAGUUCAUGGUGUGAUGCUGUUCGUUGUGUUUGGUCUGGUCUAACAUCUUUUUCUACACUACAGGGACUGUCUGAGAGGAGAGCUUCUGAAAGUUUAAGGACUUCACUCUGCAAGACGAAGAGGCAGAAGAUCCAAUAUUCAUUCUGAACAUUACAUUUCUUGUUUUCUUUAAAUAUGACAGCUGAUGAGAUUGUAACAUUUGUGAUGGUCAGUGGACUUGAGUUUUCAGAAAACGGCCCAAUCCAGAGAGUAGCCGCUACAAAUGUAGGUCUGAUUUGAUUUAGGUAAAUUCUGUGUAGGAAACUAUGAUGUAUAUGCUUGAAACUGCACUAUCGAGGGUGUACUGGACAUUAGGAAUGUCAGUUAGAUAUUGUGAUACUUUGUAAUAUGUCAGAUAAUCAGCACUUCUGCAAUGCCUUGGGUUUUACAUUAUUUGUUGGGAUAUUCCAACCGGUUUUCCUUUCUUCAUGUCCAGAUCAAAUAAGUUCUCCAUGGCUUAUUUUUUCACACAUCAUUGAGCAGUUAGCGACAAAUCAUGCACUAUAACUCGCUUUAGUGGUGUCUGUCUGCACACACAACAAAUUGGCCAGACAUUGCCUUAAACAUCACCUUUCUAUUUCUAUGACUGGCUGCACAAACAAGCAACUGUGUUGAUGUGUGUAUAAAUUGGGGAUUUGAAAUCCCAACAGAACUGCUGCUAUAUCUUCGGAGGUGUUUUUUUAUAAGCAUUAACAAGACUAUUAUAUGUGAAAAGCUAAAAAAAAAAACUUAAUUUAUGGUGGAGAAAGUUUAAAACGGUGUGUUUGCAGUCUGAGGGGAAUUAAAGUUCUCACAGACAGUCAGAUCAAGUGCUCUGCUAACUGGAUAUUCCCUGUGUUUGACGAUAUACGAUAUAUAAAUAUAUAGUAUAUACUAUAUAUACAUACACACACACACACACACAUUAUGCAUCGUUUAUAUGCUGCUAAGUUCAGACCAUCCAAAGUGAAAACAGGUGCUUUUCAUCCCUUAUUAUUUGCAUUUGUAUCCAAUGUGGUUUCUCUUUUAAAAGUUAACACGUAAAGAUACCAUCUGGACUUACAGUAUUACCUUCCCAUCAGUUCCCAUUGUGCAGGUCUGUCUAAAAGAACACAGUGCACUGGAGUGUUAUCCUUUCUACACAUUACGAAUCUUUUGGUAAUAAAUGGAGAAUGUCAAAUUUAAA